AGCUUUUUUACUCAGUUCUGUGCGAGAGGGUUGAUAUUUCUCGCUUGCCGGUGUGGUUCCGUCGCGGUGUGUCGAGUGCGAAAGGCGGUAUCGGCGAGCGGAUCUCUCAACGGUUUUUUCGGCUCCUCGGGCUUAGAAGAGAAGCUGUUUCAGUCCAACAAACAAAUGCUGAACAUGUCAUCCGAGUACUCGUACUGCAGCGAGGGCGGCUUCGACGAGAUGUCCAGCUCCUCGGACUCGGGCUUCGACGUGAGCUUCGAGUCUCCGAAACACGACGGUCCCGGCGACUCGAUGGCCUUCCCCCAGGGCAAAGACGAGAAGCGCAAGAAGACACGCAACGCGCGCUGCAAGAGCCCCACACAGGUCCUGCGCAUAAAGCGCAACCGUCGGAUCAAAGCCAACGACCGCGAGCGUCACCGCAUGCACACCCUGAACGACGCCCUCGAGCGUCUCCGCAUGGCUCUGCCGACCUUCCCCGAGGACACGAAGCUCACCAAGAUCGAGACCCUCCGCUUCGCCCACAACUACAUCUGGGCCCUGCAGCAGACCCUCGGCAGCUCUGCCCCGGGCGGCGAGAUAACCCUCUCGGUGGGCAACGUCACCGUCAGCAUCGGCGAGGGCGGCAACAUGAUCACCUCCUCGAGCGGCAGCUGCGCCGUCGCCGCUCAGAAGCGCCUGGGACCCAACGGCCAGCCGUUCAUCGCCGGAGCCGGUGACUACUGCCCCAACGGCAUGUCCAUGCCCAUGCCGUGGCCCGCCAGCUCCGAGUACGACUGCUACUCCAGCGACCAGAGCGUCAGCCCACCUCAGCACCUCCAGGUGCAUCAUCCUCAGCCGCAGCCCCAGAUCCAGCAGACGCAGCACCAACUCCACAUUCAGGCCCAGCCGAUCCAGCCCCAGCAGCCGAUCCCGGUGGCCCAGCACCACCAGCUUCCCCAGACGGCCAAUCAUGUGGCCUACUCGCCACCCCAGGGCUGCUACGACCAGAGGAUGUACCACUUCACGGAGAGACACGACGUGUACCAGUGCCUCUGAGUGCGUUAAAUGCUAUCGCCGAGGGUUGUAAUUAUAUGUACUUAAGGGGGGUCUGCCACAUAGUGUACAAAGUUCGGAAGCCGUUGGUGUACAGAGAAAUAUUUUUUGACGUGCGGUUUGGGAUAUAUGGAGUGAAGAAAAACUUUAUACUAUAAUACACGCUUGCGGCUGUAUAACGUGAGGAAAUUCGUAUCGGCUCUUUUUUCUGCAUACGGUAUCAUGGGUCCAAGCCACGUUUGCCUUAUAUGUAAGCGAGAUUUUUACUAAAGUUUUUUCAAAGUUCAGAGUCUUUAUUAUAUACACACGCGGACGGGGAACCGAUGCGAAUUUUCCACGACUCAUAUUGAGAAAAUAAGAUGUAGCGAUAGAACGUUCGUAAAUUAGUCCUAAUAAUUUUAGCAUGUAUAAGGGAUUUUUUAAGACAACGAAAUUUCUAGUGGAAAGCGUGAAAAAAUCUAUUUGAUAUUAAUUAAUUAGUCAAGAUCGCAGAUCUUUCACUGAUCAACAAUCGCAUAAGCGAUAACGGAUAAAAUCAACGAAUCAAAUUAGUGUAUCGCGAGAACACAACGAAGCAAUUCAUCACAAUUCGAUGGAAAAUCAAAUCUCGACAAGCAAUUGAACGGAGAUAAAAUGUCCAAAAAUCUUAGCUAUUAGUACACAAAAAGUAACACUACUUGAGCGUCGGACGCUGCGUCUAUAGGUAUACACUAUACGUCGGCACCGCAUCGCAACAACAAUUGCGUCCAGAAAGUUUCGUCGUUAUCUACUUUGUAAGUUAUAGAAAGAGAUAAAUCUUCUAUAUAUAGAUAUAUUUUUGCGAGAGAAGCACAAAAAGUCCCAAAGAUCACCGAAGGACUCUGCGCGACGAGUUCUGCGUUCCUUUCGUUUUCUAGUCAUCGAUAAGAAGGUACUGAAAGAAAAGAGAAAAAAAAUUGAUAAUAAUAAAACACGAUCCUCGAUCUCGAUCAUUGCAUCCGAUGAUCUCAAUAACUUUUUUUGAUACAUUAUAUUAUAUUAUAUAUAUUUUGCGUAUAAGUCUAAGGCCAGUGGCAAUGCCGCCUUGAUCCAGUGCUCUUAUAUUAUACUAUUGUAUAGCGGAAUUCGUGAAUCAGGGAUAAUCAUUUUGUACAGAAUCGAUAAUACGAUGUCAAUAAAUCAUAUUUUACUUAUAUA